AUGAGAGAAGAUUACAAAAUAUAUGGAGAUGUUCUAGUUUUUGAUACUACAUUCAGAACCAAUAAGUACAACCUCAUAUGUGCUCCAUUUGUUGGCAUCAAUAACCAUUGGAAAAACACAAUGUUUGCUUGUGCUUUCAUUGGGGAUGAAACCACAGAAUCUUUCGUUUGGGUGUUUGAAACUUUUCUGAAGGCUAUGGGAGGAAAGCACCCUAUAUCAAUUUUCACUGAUCAAGAUGCAGCUAUUGCUGCUGGAAUAGAACAGGUUUUUCCUUCUUCAAGACACAGGUUAUGCUUGUGGCACUUGAGUAAAAAUGCAAACAGUAGGUUUGGUUUAUUGAAGUCUGAUAAAAACUUCAAAAACGCAUUCUACAAGUGUUUAAGUGGAUUGUAUGGUCUUAAAGAAAAAUGGUGUACAGCUUUAAGUAAAGAUUUUUUUUCUGCCGGUAUACUUUCUUCACAAAGGAGUGAAAGUACAAACCAUGCUGUUGGAUUUAAAGCAAAUAAAAGUAUAACAUUAACAGAGUUCUAUAGUAUUUUUCAAGCUACAAUAAAUCGAUGGAGAAAAACCGAAGAAAAAGACGACUUUGACUGUACAAGGGGAAUACCUACUUCAGAGCUAAGUAUGAGUGCUAUAUUAAAACAGGCAGCAAAUGUAUACACGAUAACACUUUUCCGUGAUUUUGAAAAAGAGUUCAAGCUUUCUGUGGCAAGUAGUACAAUGUUUAAGGGAAGUGUUGGAAGAACAGUGUUUUUUGAAGUGUGGAUAGAAGGAAUAACAGGAUCAAGGCAAGAAGUUCAAUACAAAAUGGAAGAUUCAACCGUCACUUGCACAUGCAAAAACUUUGAAGAAUCUAGAUGGUUGUGCUUCCAUUGUUUGAGAAUAUUGCAUUUACAUUCAAUCAAUACAAUUCCAGAUCGUUACAUAACAACAAGAUGGACUAGAUAUGCAAAGAAACAGAUAUGGGAAAAGGUUGAUACAAUAAAAAGGGAGAAAGGUGAAAUCAACAAUUUUACUGGUUGGAGAUUACAUAUGAUCAGAAGAUACUAUAACUUAAUUUUGAAAGGGCAUAAGAUAGCAAAGGCCAGAAAAUUUAUCGAGGAGAAGUUUAAAACGGAUAAUAAAGCAGUUGAUGAAAUCAUAAAAAAGGAAGAAGAAAGGAAGGCAAAAGAAGAAGCUGCAAAGAUAGCAGAACAAGAAAAGGCAAAAGCUGAAGCACAACGACAAACACAAGACGAAGAAUCAACUAAUUCUGAAAUAACAAUUGUGCUUGAUCCUGGUCGUGCUAAUACUAAAGGAAAGAUUUUGACAAUAUAG